AUGAGAUUUGGUGAAACAGGUGUUGCUAUGAUGGUGUCGGUCAGAAUGGCUCUUCCUCUUCUUCUGAUCUUUCUGAUUAUGAUUCACAGGGGUUCUAGUGCUGAUUGGGGUGUGAGUUACAGUCCUUCACACAUCUGUGCACUAAAGAACUCAUCAGUGAUAAUGAGCUGCAAUUAUACAUACCCUACUGGAUAUAAGAUUGAGAAAGUGUUCUGGACCAAAACAAAUGUUAAAGACAAAGAAGACCAUCCAGAUCUGUCUGAGGAUCCUGAAUACAGUCAGAGGCUUCAGUAUCUGGGAGACAAACAGCAGAACUGCAACAUCAGACUGAGUCAUGUGACACAGAAACAUGAACGUAUGUACUAUUUCAGAUUCAAAACCAGUGAAUAUAAAUGGCUUGGUAAACCAGGAGUGACUCUUACUGUCACAGAUCUUCAGGUGGAGGCUCCUGAGAGAGUGACAGAGGGUCAUAAUGUCCGUCUGACAUGUAAAAGCAGCUGCACUCUGACUGACAGAGCAACAUUCAUCUGGUACAGAAACUCACAGCCAUUAACUGAGAGAAGAGACAGAAACAAUCAACUCCUGCUGCAGUCAGUCAGAAGAGAGGAUGCAGGCAGAUACAGCUGUGCUCUACAUGGACACACUUACAUCUCUCCUGCUGCUCAGCUCAAUGUCUCCUACCCUCCCAGGAAUGUCUCAGUGUCUAUAACUGGAUCUGGUGUAAUAGUGGAGGGAGAUUCAGUGACUCUGAUCUGCAGCAGUGAUUCAAACCCUCCUGCUCUGAACUUCAGCUGGUUUAAGGAGAAUCAAAGCUCAGCUGUUGGAUCUGGACAGAGUUUCAGUGCACUACAGAGUGGACGCUUCUACUGUGAGGUUCACAAUCAACAUGGAUCUCAGAGAUCAGACGCUGUUACUGUCACUGUUAAAGGACGUCUCUUGAUACUGUACAUUUCUGUCGGUGUGAUUUGUGGAGCUGCAGUAAUCAUCACAGUGCUUAUUUGGUAA